UUGAAGCUUAAGAAAACUGAUAUACGAGUGCGAGAUGCUAGCGAUAACGGGACGAUUUUAAUAUUGGGCUUGAACAGCUAUCAGCAUGAGCAGGACGAUAUUCACGUGAUUGAGCUGAUACUCAGUUACAAGCUUCGCCCCGGGAACGAUUAUUACAUCGACUUAAAAUACCACGGCGUGAUCAGCGAUGUUUGGAGCGGCGGUUUAUUCAAAACUGGAUAUGAAAGCAACGACAGCCAAACAAGGUCAGGUGACGGUCACUGUUUUGUGGCAGUCAGCAGCUACAUAAGCAUUCCAUUUCCGCGUCAUCUCUUUUAA